GGGAGGAGCUGGCGGCGAGCGCCUCUCCGGGCGUGCGGCGGGGGAGCCGGGCUGGGACUAUGGGCGCUCCGCGCCUCGCGUGCCCGGCCUUCCUGCACCCGUCUCCGCCCCUGCAGCCCGCUCGCGCUCGGCCCCCGCGCUCCUGCCGCCCGGUUCCAGCCCGGAUCUGAGCCCCCGGGAUCCGCGUUCCCGGGCAGUCCCGACCUGGCUCGAAUCCAGGACAUGUUCCCGAUUUGAGUGAAACCAUGAAGAGAAGACAGAACGGAUCAUAAUGCUUUUCCGCAACCGCUUCUUGCUGCUGCUGGCCCUGGCUGCGCUGCUCGCCUUCCUGAGCCUCAGCCUGCAGUUCUUCCACCUGAUCCCGGUGUCAGCAGCCAAGAAUGGACUGAGCAGCAAGAGUCGAAAGAGGAUCAUGCCUGACCCAGCAACAGAUCCCCCUGUGACAGAUCCUGUGUAUGAAGCUCUCUUGUACUGUAACAUCCCAAGUGUGGGUGAGCGCAGCAUGGAAGGUCAUGCCCCGCAUCAUUUUAAGCUGGUCUCAGUGCAUGUGUUCAUUCGCCAUGGGGACAGGUACCCGCUGUAUGCCAUUCCCAAAACAAAGCGACCAGAAAUUGACUGCACUCUGGUGGCCAACAGGAAACCAUAUCACCCCAAACUGGAAGCUUUCAUUAGUCACAUGUCAAAAGGAUCUGGAGCCUCUUUUGAAAGCCCCUUAAAUUCCCUGCCUCUUUACCCCAGUCACCAACUGUGUGAGAUGGGAGAGCUUACACAGACAGGAGUCGUGCAGCAUUUGCAGAAUGGACAGCUGCUGAGAGACAUCUACCUAAAGAAACACAAACUCCUGUCCAGUGACUGGUCCACAGAUCAGCUUUACUUAGAGACCACUGGGAAGAGCCGGACCCUACAGAGUGGGCUGGCCUUGCUUUAUGGCUUUCUUCCAGAUUUUGACUGGAAGAAGAUUUAUUUCCGGCACCAGCCAAGUGCUCUGUUCUGCUCUGGAAACUGCUAUUGCCCAGUGAGAAACCAGUACCUGGAAAAGGAGCAGCGUCGUCAGUACCUUUUACGUUUGAAAAACAGCCAGCUGGAGAGGACCUAUGGGGAGAUGGCCAAGAUCGUGGACAUCCCCACCAAGCAGCUCCGAGCUGCCAACCCCAUAGACUCCAUGCUCUGCCACUUCUGCCACAAUGUCAGCUUCCCCUGUACCAGAAAUGGCUGCAUUGACAUGGAGCACUUCAAGGUGAUCAAGACCCAUCAGAUAGAGGAUGAGAGAGAAAGGCGGGAGAAGAAACUGUACCUUGGGUAUUCGCUGCUGGGUGCCCACCCCAUCCUGAACCAAACCAUCGGUCGGAUGCAACGUGCUGCCGAGGGCAGGAAAGAAGAGAUCUUUGCCCUCUACUCUGCUCAUGAUGUCACUCUGUCACCAGUUCUCAGUGCCUUGGGCCUUACAGAAGCCAGGUUCCCAAGGUUUGCAGCCAGAUUGAUCUUUGAGCUCUGGCAAGACAGAGAAAAGCCCAGUGAACAUUCUGUUCGUAUCCUUUACAAUGGUGUUGAUGUCACAUUCCACACGUCUUUCUGCCAAGACCACCAAAAGCGUUCUCUCAAGCCCAUGUGUCCCCUUGAAAACUUAGUCCGCUUUGUCAAAAGGGACAUGUUUGUGGCCCUAGGUAGCAGUAGUACUAAUUAUUAUGAUGCAUGUCACAGGGAAAGAUUCUAAAAGGUACGAGGCACAGCACUAUAGAAUCUAUGCCAAUACAGAGGGCUGGAAAGUGUCCGCUUCUAGUUCUGUCUGUUGCUAAGGGUGUAAAAUUAUUGAUUUUUAAAGGCUAAAAAUUGUGUUUGGGAACCACAGAGAUGGUUUGGGUUGAACAGUAAGCACAUUGCUAUAAUCUGGUAUAUAAGUUACUUGGUACAGUUCCCAGAGGAAAAAAAGGUACUUUAUCAUAACCAGACUUUGCUUAGAACACCAGAAUAAUAUUUCAGUACCCCAAGUUGCCAACCCAAGUGUGUAUUCUUUUGGCCUGCCAUGGUACUGUAUGAUGGAACCAGCAAACCUCAGCCAAAAUUUUCUUAAUCUUGAACAAUUUUGCCUUGUCCUUCAGUGAAAAAUUUCCUGAAGUGACUUAUCUAAAACCGGGGUUGGCAAACUUUUUAAAGGGCCAGAUAAUAAAUAUUUUGGACUUUUCAGACCAAAAGGCCACAUCACAGUCUCUGUCGCAACUACUCAAUUCUGCUAUUGUAACAUGACAGCAACUGUAGGCAAUACAUAAACGAUUAAUUGUGGCUGUGUUCACAGGCUGUACAAGACAGGUACGGCCCCCAGAUUUGGCCGCCAGGCUGUUGUUUGCUGACCCCUGACCUAAAAAACGAGUUCUACUACAAUUGCACUUCUAGCACUUUGAGAACCACUCGAAUACCAAGAAUUAUUCAAUGGUUCCUCCAGUAACAUCUGCUAGAAACACAGAAUAUGGUCUGUAUCUGACACUACAACAAAACUUGAGGCAAAAUAAACAUCGAAUCAGAGUGAAUCAUAGAAAAAUGAUUAGAAUAAUACUUGAUGUUCAUGAUGAUUGUGGUACAAGAUAGUUUUAAAUACUUGUCUGCUGUAGUCUGUUUGCUGUAUAUGCUGAGAUUUUGUAUUCCAUUUAGUAUUUUUAUAGUCUAGGAAAAUAUUUUCUAAGACUAGUUUUAAAUGUGUUCUUAUUCCUAUAGUAAUAUGCAAUUCACUGUAUCUGCUUGGUGGUUAGAAGGCCAGAAGCUGAAUUCAGGCACUUUCUUCCAAUAAAACUAAUUAUGGUUCAUUCCCUUUGACAAGCCGUAGAAUUGGAUCAAUUUUUAAACCAUUUUCAUCCGUUUCAAAUAAUAAAUUUUGAUUGAUUUUUAAAUAUGUUUUUGGAAGAACUUUGUUACUAGAUAAUUAAAUAAUCUUUAUAAUGUAUUUUAUAUAUUAGACGUAAUUAUAACUAAAUCUGUGAUUU